AUGACGGCAACCGAAGCCAUGGAGAGGACCGCCGGGAAUGAGACCAAGGACAUCAAGUCCGAGAGCAACACCAAGCCCAAGGAUCACCAUGCGCCUUCUACCGACGACCAACAGCAACACAACCAACACAACCACCACACCACCCACCACCAGACCCCCAAGAAGCGCCGCAAGGUCAGUCAUGCCUGCCUCUACUGCCGUCGAUCUCACAUGACGUGUGAUCUUGCGAGACCAUGUACGAGAUGUGUUAAGCGGAAUAUCGGGCACCUGUGCCAUGAUGAGCCCCGUGAUCAGGGGUCCAACAAGUCCAAGAGCGUCGUCGCCCCGUCUACUACGCACGGGUCUGCGUCUCAGUCAGACCUGGGCCGCGGCAACAUGAACCAGACAGCGGCAGACGCCUUGAGACUGGCCUCGUUCGAUGGGAGCUUGAGCUCCGGGACAGGAUCAGCCGCCAGUGCCGCCUUCGAUGCUGCUGCUGCGCUAGGCCAGAGUAAUCAGCUACAGCUCGUGCAACCCACAGCGGUGUCCGGCCUCCAAGGCAGCACGCUGGGUAGCAGUAUGAACCAAUUUCCCCAUGAGGUGUCGAGUGAGUUCGACGUCCUGAACAACUACCUGCGAGCCAACAUAUUCGAGGACCCCGUGGCUGCGCCCGAUGGUCAAAACCAAGGCCGCCCAAUCCCGGGGUUUCCCAGUAGCAGCUCCAUGCCGCCCCCGGCCACGGCUCCGGGGGCCUCUCUGCCCACGGCCAAUUCGGAACAAUCAGCUGCGGUUUCCAAGGACAAGACCCGAGAAUAUUAUCUCCAGGCAGCCGAUCCCAGCGGUAAUGCCGACGCGGAUGACCGCAUGCUCCAGGUUCUCACGGCCAAAGUCGAGGCUGGACUCCUCCAACCGUUUAACUAUAUCAAAGGCUACCAGAGUCUUCAAACGUAUCUCAACGAGCACGUCAGCCCGGGGUCGAGACAAAAGAUCCUUCGACAACUCGAUCGUUUCCGGCCAAAGUUUCGCGAAAAGAUGCAGGGGCGAGACCACAUGUUUCUGACCAUCAACGAGAUGCAGAUAGAGAGUUCCCUAAUGGAGUACGACCGCGUCUUCGCCAGCAUGGCGGUCCCGGCAUGCUGCUGGCGUCGAACAGGGGAGAUUUUCAGGGGUAACAAGGAGAUGGCCGAGCUCAUCGACGUGCCAGUGGAGGAUCUCAGAAAUGGCAAGACUAAACUGCACGAGAUCCUGACCGAGGAGUCGGUCGUGCGGUAUUGGGAAGAGUUUGGAACCAUUGCCUUCGAUCCGCUCCACGACACCCUUUUGACAGCCUGCACACUCAAGAGUCCCGAUAAAUCGUCGAAAAAGGUGGUGAACUGCUGCUUUUCUUUCAGGAUAAAAAAGGACAACGCCCAAGUGCCGGGCUUGAUCAUUGGAAACUUCAUCCCCCACGACCCUUAA